AUGCCCCCACCCCCUCCUCGACUGGCGGUUCCGGGUGGUGCGAGCGGUGGCCUCGGCGUGCCAGUGCCCGCGGCAGGCUCCUCGCUGAUGCCACCGCCCACGACGACCAGGAUCCCGACGCUCCCCGCGAAGAAGCGCGAGAAGGUCGCGCUCACGCCGGGCCAUAGCCCGCUCGACUGGGCGAUGCUCAAGCAGUCGGGUGCGGAUCUGCGGGGCGGCGCAGAGCAGAUCAUGCGCAUACCGCCGUCGGUGCUGAAGCAGCACAGAAAGCGGGACGACGCGUGGUCCGCUUUCAACGGCAAGGUGUACAAUAUUACGCCGUACCUCGCAUUCCACCCUGGCGGCGAGCAGGAGCUCAUGCGCGUCGCGGGGCGGGACGGCACGAAGCUCUUCGCGUCGACGCACGCGUGGGUCAACGCCGACUUCAUGCUCGAUGCGUGUCUUGUCGGGUUUUUGGUCAAGGAGCCAACCAAUCCCGACUCUUAG